GAGGAUCCACAUAUAUACCACAUUAUGGCCUGACCAAUAAACUGUCCUUAAAUGAACUGAAUGAAUAUGGUCUUAAUAGAGUAUGUGUUUGUAAAGCAAUGUUAAGGUUCAGCACAGACGCAUUGACGUCACUGACAUCGAGAGAGAGGAGAAACUCCGCAGCAGGAGAAAUAAACACCGGACGGACUCUCUCCAUACAACGUAUUAUACCAAACCAGAGAGCUCCUUGCCAUCUCCUGUAUUAAACGUUCUCUCUGAAGCAGUGCUAAGAUGGCCACAUCCUCCCCCAAUCUUGAAGAAGAUGAGAGUUUGAGGGGCUGUGAAGUUUUUGUGCAGAAACAUAACAUCCAACAGAUACUCAAAGAGUGCAUUGUCAAUUUAUGCAUCGCCAAACCCGAGCGUCCUAUGAGGUUCCUACGGGAACACUUUGAAAAGCUGGAGAAGGAGGAAAGCAAGCAAAUCUUAGCAAGACAGAAGUCUAACUCUCAAUCCGAUUCACAUGAUGAUGAAUUUUCUCCUCCUCCAAUAAAUCCUGUGGUGAAGGCCCGCCGCAGGAGAGGGGGAGUCAGCGCAGAGGUAUACACAGAGGAGGAUGCAGUGAGCUAUGUUAGGAAGGUAAUCCCAAAGGACUACAAGACAAUGACAGCCUUGGCUAAGGCCAUUUCUAAAAAUGUGCUGUUUGUCCAUUUGGAUGACAAUGAGCGGAGUGACAUAUUUGAUGCCAUGUUCCCGGUUACACACAUUGCUGGAGAAACAGUCAUUCAACAAGGUGAUGAAGGGGACAACUUUUACGUAAUUGACCAAGGAGAAGUUGAUGUAUAUGUGAAUGGUGAAUGGGUGACCAGUAUUGGAGAAGGUGGCAGUUUUGGGGAGCUAGCUCUGAUAUAUGGAACUCCACGUGCUGCCACUGUUAAGGCUAAGACUGAUCUCAAGCUUUGGGGUAUAGACCGUGACAGCUACCGGCGUAUUCUUAUGGGCAGUACACUGAGAAAGAGGAAGAUGUAUGAAGAGUUCCUGAGUAAGGUGUCAAUCCUUGAAUCUCUAGAGAAGUGGGAAAGACUGACAGUGGCUGAUGCUUUGGAGCCUGUACAGUUUGAAGAUGGUGAAAAAAUUGUGGUACAAGGAGAACCAGGGGAUGACUUCUUCAUCAUCACAGAGGGGACAGCAUCUGUCCUGCAGCGAAGAUCUGACAAUGAGGAGUAUGUAGAGGUGGGCCGCCUUGGACCCUCUGACUACUUUGGCGAGAUAGCACUGCUCUUGAACAGGCCACGUGCAGCCACCGUGGUGGCCAGAGGUCCAUUGAAGUGUGUGAAGCUGGAUAGGCCACGCUUUGAGCGUGUUUUAGGGCCUUGCUCCGAAAUUUUGAAGAGAAACAUCCAGAGAUACAACAGCUUCAUCUCCCUCACUGUCUGAGGCACAGUUCACAAGGCCUCCAAGCUUUCUUUCUUUCUUUCUUUCUUUCUUUCUUUCUUCUUUAACUUUUUAAAUACAACUUGGAUGUGACAAAGAUGUGGCCUGAAUGAUGGUUUGCAAGCUGUAGGCCUUAUUUAAUGCUUUUUUGUGCAUUUAUUAUUUCACUUCUACUCGUGCCAUGUGGACCUAUUAAUUAUGAGCCAUGAAGAGGUGGAUCAGUAUGUAGGUGUACAUUUUACAUUUUGCUGCAUGCAAUUUCAGUGAAGAGAGCAAUUUUAAGAGCAAGCUCCACAUGAUGUGUAAAUUAAUUGGUCUGUGUGUGUUUGUCUAAAUCCUGAGCUAUUCAGUAGUAAUAUUCUCUUCAGAAAAUCCCCAACAUUUAGGGGAGCUAAGUAUAAAUCUCAUAACCAUUCCCUUCAUUUUAUAGACAUAUGAAAAUUAGGUUUUCUAGGGUGUUGUUCUGAAGUAAGAUAUGUUUUUUCUUGUUGUUCUUUGUUGUACA